UAGUAUUACUAAGAAAAUGAGUGCAUGAACAAUAAUGCUGUCUCUUAGUUUUGAUUACAGAUUUUAAGGACUUAACUCUUUUAAGUGGUUGGAUAAUGAAAGGAUAACUCUUUUAAUAUGUAAACAAAGACCAUAAACCAAGGCCUUUGAGUGGCAGUUGAGCCUCAUGCGCUACUGUUUGUUUUCUCUCUAAUUUCCAAAACGCGUUCGUAAGGGGCGGAGGUUACGCGAAUCUCCGGCGUCUCCGUCGGUGCUCACCGUGACUUCUCCCCCACCGGAAUUUGCUCUACGAGACGGAUUAAGCAAGAUCUGGUCUACUAGGAGGUGCUCCUCUCUCUCUCGGCGACUCGGAUGGGCUCUCUGUAGCGGAAGCCCCUAAGAACUCCGCCGCUCUGGUGACUCGUCGGUGAAAGGUUGGUGUACGCUGUUUGAGGACGACGACGACCCAACCGGAACCGCGUGUCAGUCAUCGGGGCUGGGGUUAGGCUCCGAGGGGAGGGUUUGUGUCUGCGGUGUCGGUGGAUCUCACAAAUGGGAUGGCGGUUCCCUUUUGUCCUGAAUCUCGCCGGCUCGCUUUUCUUCCUUUCCUCGUCGACAAGAGCAGAGGAGCACGGAACUCCUCGGACCUGUGAGGCGGCGAAGCGGUUACAGAAAGUGGCAAUUAGGGUUUUUGGAGCCGUUCUUCAUCUGAAGGCGGCGUUUGUGGCCGCGGGACGCUUCGUGGGUGGCUCUGUUGAUAGUGACUGGCGGUGGAUCUGGCGGGCCUCGACACCCCCGUCAUGAGAAGUCGUCGGAAUCUGGAUUUGGUGGCUGCGGUGUCAACGGAGGAGGGAGCAUGCUCUCUCAGUCUUCUUUUCCUCAACCUAAAUUCCUCUUUGUUGUGUAAUCUGUGUAUUUUGCUUAGCCAAGUCACUUGUAAUCUAGGGUUCAUGUUUCUCCGGUGAAUCGGAAAAUGCUGUAGUCCGAUGCCCUUCAGGGAUGAAAAUUAUAAUAUUUAUUUAUUAAAAAAAAAAAAAAAAAAAAAGACCAUAAACCAAGUUGAUUAACAGUAUAAUACGCUAACCCUGCUUGCAGAAGUUUCCUCGAUCAUAGAAAUGAACAAUUAAUGAAUAAUCCAAAUACUCUUCACUGCAAAGACUUUACUAACAAAAGACUCAAAAACCAAAUUUAUCACAAUUAACAACUAUAUUCAGAGUUUCUUCCACGAUACUUUGUUGUCAAUGUCAACGCUAAUGGCAUUAUAAUGACAACCAAGUUUCAUGACGACUCUCUAAUCAUUUUUCUUGGCAAGAUCCCAAGAACACUUAUAAACAGCCACACACAUCAUUUUCCAUUCAAUUAUAUUCGUAACGAAGUAAGAUCAUCAAUCAAUGGCUGAAGAUGGAAACGUCCAGAAUCUUCCUGUGCUUUUCCGGACCUCCUUCCAUUUCCAACCUCAGAGAAAUUGGCUCAACGAUCCAAACGCGCCAAUGUAUUACAAAGGAUUCUACCAUUUAUUCUACCAGCACAACCCUUUAGCUCCAGAGUUCAGUAGAAGAAUCAUAUGGGGCCACUCUGUUUCACAAGACAUGGUCAACUGGAUCCAACUCCCGCCAGCACUUUCUCCCUCUGAGUCCUACGACAUCAACAGCUGCUGGUCAGGAUCCGCCACGAUCCUCCCUGAUGGCAAACCUGUGAUCUUGUACACCGGAAUCGACAACCAAGAGAGACGGGAAGACAGACGGCAAGUCACAGUUCUUGCCGUACCUAAAGAUGAUUCCGACCCUUUGCUUCGUGAGUGGGUAAAGCCAACGCAAAACCCUGUCAUGGUUCCACCAGAGGACAUCCUUCAUUACUGUUUCCGUGACCCUACCACUGCAUGGCAAGGUCAAGAUGGUAAAUGGAGAGUUCUCAUAGGAGCUAAGGAGAGAGAUACUCUAAGAGGAGUAGCUCUUUUGUACCAUAGUACUGAUGAUUGUGAGCAAUGGACUAGGUAUCAAGAACCUUUACUUGUAGCACAAGCCAACGAAAUGUUGGAGUGCGUUGACUUUUUCCCGGUUAAGCUCAUGGGUAAAGAAGGUGUAGAUACUUCGGUGAACAAUGCUAGUGUGAGGCAUGUGUUGAAAGUUAGUUUUGAGGAAGAACUUGGAGGCAAAGAUUGUUAUGUUAUUGGCUCAUAUUGUUCCGAGACUGAUAGAUUUGUCCCGGACUCAGAGCUCACUUACACACGUGCUGAUCUGAGAUAUGAUGAUGGAUGGUUUUACGCCUCCAAGUCGUUCUUUGAUAGUGCUAAGAAUAGGAGGAUCAACUGGGGAUGGGUUGUGGAGACUGAUAGCAGAGAAGAUGAUAUUGAGAAAGGAUGGGCUGGCCUUCUGGGUCUUCCUAGGCAAAUGUGGCUGGACACAAGUGGAAAGAGGCUGAUGCAAUGGCCAAUCCAAGAGAUCAAUAAUCUCCGAACUAGACAAGUUAGCUUCCAUAACAGGGAACUCGAAGGCCGCUCGAUGUUUGAAAUCACAGGCAUUACUGCAGCACAAGCAGACGUUGAAGUGACUUUUGACCUGCCUGUUCUGGAAGAUAACUCCCGGAUACGGGACGCAACGCACGUUGCUGAUGCGGUUUUGUUCAAUAGUGGCAACUCGCUUGGAUGUGUUUACGGGCCUUUUGGGUUGCUAGCAUUAGCUUCCAAUGAUUUAUCCGAACAAACUGCGAUCUUCUUCAAGAUUAUUCGUCGCGGAAAUGGAUAUUCGGUUAUAAUGGGCAGCGAUGAGAAUAGAUCUUCGUUGAGAGAAAACGUACAAAAAAUUCCGCAUGGAACAUUCCUAGACAUUGAUCCAAGACAUGAGAAGAUCUCAUUAAGAUGUUUGAUCGAUCACUCGAUUAUAGAGAGCUAUGGAGCAGGAGGAAGAAAUGUGAUAACUUCUAGGGUUUAUCCCAAAUUGGCAAUUGGUGAAGCAGCUAAGCUUUACGCGUUUAAUAAUGGAACGAAGGGUGUGACCAUGUCGUCUCUGGAUGCUUGGAGCAUGAGAAAUGCCCAAAUCAAUACAAAUGCAAUUUAAUUUAUCACUAAUAGUGAUGAUAACUAAUACUAAUAAUAAUAUUUAGACUGCCCUAAAGAUGAUUAGUGUCUUUUCGUGAACUGUUUUCAAGAUUUAUAAUCCGUAUUUUGUAUUUCAAGCUAUUUGUGUGUUUGUCAUUAUUUCUUUGCAUUAUAAGUCUUCUCAUGUGUUUUUAGAAUGAUAUUAUUGAAAUUUCAUGAAAUUUAUCUUGCCGAGUUACAUAUUAAAAUCACGCUCGUCAAUAAAUUUCUCUUUCUACCAAUCAUUUUUUGUAAGCAAAAUGAAGUAAAAUAGUUUAGAAAUAGUGACCAACGACCAAACAAAUUAAAAGUACAUUAUCCCAUUAGGAGCUGUAAAUGUUUCCACAAAUUAAAUUAAUAAGAAAAUGAAGGCAGGUAAAGAAAAUUAAUAAUUUAUGAGCUACUUGGUCCAAGUAAUAUAUUUAACAAAGACCAAAACUACAAACCUUAAAAUUUGUGAUAAAAAUUCAAUUAACAAAUACUUAAAAAAUUUCUUCUUCUUUGCUUCAACCUUUGGAAAGAUCAAAGAGGUACUAAACACUAAUGACACUAUAAUUACAACGAAAGAUUCUCACAACUCUAUGCCGUUUCUUGACAAGAUCAAACCAAAGUAUAUACACAGUAUAAAAGAAUCGAGCAACAUGGAAGCUGCUUCUUGUGAUGAGCAUGGAAACUUCCAGCCUUAACGAACUUCCUUCCAUUUUCAAGCUCAUAAUAAUUGGCUCAACGGUUAUUAUUCAUUAUGUUUUAAUUCUUUUCUGAUUCUAAAAUAUAUACUUCUACUAGUAUGUGGUCCCGUACUACUUACGGGUAAAUAAUUAUUUUCUUUAAAUAUGUAGUUUUUGUUAAAAUAUAUAAACACCAAAUAAAUUGUUUUCCAGUAUUCUUGAGUGAUAAAAUAUAUAGAAGAGUGUUAAUUUUAAUUUGCACAACCAUAUAUUGUAGAUCAAAUAUCUAGAAAAUUAUAAUAAUAUUGAUCAAACUAAUACCAUAUAUUGUAGAUUAAAUAUCUAGAAAAUUAUAAUAAUAUUGAUCAAACUAAUAAAAUUAUCGUAAUAUGGGGUCAAUAACCUUGAGUCAAUAAUACUCUAUAAUAUGGGGUCAAUAAUAUUCGACAAUCACCUAUAUAUUGAUCAAACUACUUGAUGUUAUCUACUCAACGAUAAUAAUUUCAAAAUUUUAUUAUAUAGUAUUACGAUAAGAUUAAUAUAAAGAAUAUUAAGCUUUGGUGUUGUCGAUGAUUUACCCCUUUAGCCACCUUUGAUGGUAUCUCAAGUUUGAGCAUCGCUUCAUCAAGUCUUCAAAUGGUGAGUGGAGUAGCAGGUCUUUCUCAUCUUUUUUUACAUUUUUUUCUCUCCAUCUAUAGCAAAUAUGUAUUGAAUUUUUUAAAACUUAAUUGACAAAAAACAUUCAGAAAAUUGAUAUCUAUAAAUUAAUAAGCCAGAGAUUAUGCAUUUGUGCUUAUGGUUGCACAUGGAUAGUAAAUAUUAACGUAAGCGUUAUAUUAUUGUUGCAGGACAACGAAACACUUACUUCUUCUUUUUGAUAAGGUGAUGUAGCUCCUUAGUUUGACAAUUCAACCACAGAUGAAAAGUAAAGAGAAAAAAAAAUUGGAGGCAAGAUGGUAUAAAAUUUUGUUUGUCGUAGAGAAGAAAGUAGAGAUGAUUUGCAGGUUAUAUAGAAGAUGAAAAAACAGUUUCUAAAAAUUUGAGUUAACGUGGAUUAACACUUUUCAGAAAAAUCAGGAAUAUAGGGAGUUGUUGAUUUAGUUGCAUAAAAGUAGGAGAUGUAAAGAUAAAUUCAAUUGUUUUUUUAUUGUGUUUUUAAUGUUUUCCACGUGUCAAUUUCUAAUUUGUCAAGCGACUUGCGCUUUAGUAUAUAAAGGAU